AAAAAUAAACUUGAAAGCUUAUUUCCGAUUUUUUUUUUUUAAAAAAAAAAAAAAAUAGAUAAAACAGGUUGCGAAAAAAAGAGAAAAAAAGAAAAAUGGUUCCUGGUACAAAAACGUCUUCAGAAGAACAGACUGCGUCACAUUUAAGAGCAAAACCAACAUUAACAACAUUACCUCCGGAACUUUACGAUUUAAUAUUCAUAAACUGUAAUUUAAUAGAUUUACAUUUCAAACUUCGAUAUGCAUGUAAAUUAUUUUAUAAUUUAAUUCCACCAUUCAUUCUUUAUCAAUUUCGUACAUCUCUUUUAUCGCAUCCUUCAUUACAAAAUUAUCAUCAAGAAGUUUUUAUUGCCAAAGAUAUUUUAAACAUUAAAUUAACAUCAAAAAUUCCUCCCUUCGAAAUUUUUCCUUGGACAAUUCAAAUGAAAUUAUGUAAAAGUUUUGAUAAAGUUGUUGGUAUGAUCGUUAAAGUUGUUAAACAUUUUGAAAAAAUUAAUAAUAAAAAAGUUAAUACGGAAAUUAAUAAUAACGAGAAAGGUGACAUGAAAAUUUCGAAGAAAUGGACCUGGAUCAAUUGUUAAAUUUAAGUAUCAUAGACAUUAGAAAUCAUUAAUCAUUAUCCAAAAUUAUUUUUCAUUAUUAUUAUUAAAAAAUUGUCUUAAAAAUUCAGCUUCUUUUGCCAUCUCUUCAAUACUUCGAGGAGGGCGUUCUUCAUCAUCGACCCUGUUAGAUUUAUCAAUUUCUUUGUGAAUACCAUCGUUUGUGAACCAAUCUCCAACUUUUCUUGGAAUUAUAUGUAGAUGACAAUGUGGUACCUGAUUAUUAUAUUAAAUAAUGAUUAGUAACGAAAAUAAUAUAACCCAUCGAAAAUAUAUAUAUAGAAAACAAUACUGUUUGUCCUGCUUCGGG